AUGGAUGUGGUGUAUGCGAUUUGUCUGGCUUUGCGAUUGAGAAUAUCUUUCCUGCAUCCAAUCACCAAGAAGGAAGUCGUGGAUAUCAAGAACAUCCAGCAGUACUUCUGCGGGAGUUUCAUUUGGUGGCUGCAAGUCAUCAGCUCUUUCUCCUAUCUGUGGUUAGGACUGGGUGCAACCCUCUUGCUGAACAACCUCAAGAUCAUACGAGUAGGCCCAUUGCUUCGGGCGCCUGAUGCGCUUUGGAGGUGGGAGGACAAUAUUGUGGUCCGGCUUGGUCGACCCGUAGUGCUGCUGGUCUUGGGGGCUCACUGGACAGCAUGUCUUCUCUUCACCCUGGGUGGCUUCAGACAGGAACUGAUCAAUCGAGAGGAAGAAUUUGAAACCAACUUUGAUAUGGGCUACGGUAUUUCAGGUCAAGUGUCAGGAGGCGUGUCGCUGUAUUUCAUGGCCUUUGUGGAAGCCCUGUACAUGCUGACAGGAUCUUUGGAUAAUCCUUUGGGCGACGGAGGUCCACGCAACAAGGACUUUGGAUCCUUGCUCAUGGUGUCAAUCUUCGGACCUGCAGGAUGUGUGGUUGUGGCGCUGUUUAUUUCUGCCAUUAUGCGCGAGCAGCAACGCGCUUUCGCUUUAGAUAGCAAACAUGAAGAGAACAAGGCCUUCAUGGAGCGAGCGUUGCAGAUCCUGGAGAUUCCACCCGAGUUGCAGCAGCGUGUGCUGAGCAUGCACCUCUUCCAGAAGUUCGAGCAUGACGUCGAGGCCUUCAAUUCGCUCUUUGAAAAGAAGAACUUGAGCAAAGCUCUGGAGAACACACUCCUGGUGUAUCUCUACCGGGAGACAGUGGUCUGUUCGCCCCACUUCAAGAACAAGGAUCCCAACUACAUCAUCGCUGUUGUCAACGUGCUGGAGGACCAGGUCUUUUUGCCUGGAGAUUAUGUGGUGCGAAAAGGUGAGGUGGCACAGUCGAUGUACUUUGUCAGUCGAGGGUGGCUUACGAUUCUCAUCCCUGAUCAUGCAGAGGAUGAAAACAACGUGGAAAAAGCCAAACCCAUCCCACAACGACUGGGAGUUGGUGCUCAGUUUGGUGAGAUUGCCUUGGUGAAAGACACUGUUCGAACUGCCUGGGUCCGUGCAGAUACUUAUGUCAUUGUCUCUGCUCUACCAUCAAGUUCCAUUAGGCAUGUGUGGGAUUUCUAUCCCGAAGAGCGACUUGAGCUCUUGCGAACUGUGGAAAGACAUGCAGAACGAGAUCGAAAGCGUCGAGUGAAGCAACGAUGGGAAAAAGGUUUGGGAGGCGCUACGGUGACGCCCUGGAAAGCCCGAGGAACGCCUAUGAGGGGGUCCAUGACCGUAGCCCAGCCGGAGCAGCCGGAGCAGCCGGAGGCUGCAAAGACUGUACGAUUCGACGGCAGCGACAGUGAAUCACAAUCACCGCGAAGUUUUAAGACCAAAAGUGUCGACACAAAUGAAACCAGCGACACUCGAGAGAUGAUCUCAGAAAGUGGACUUGGCCGAAAGCUGCAGGCCAUUGAAAGUCGCAUGGAUGAGUUGCUGCGUCGUCAGAAUUCCCUGGAGCGCAACGUCUCUGAGUCCUUGAAACAGCAUAAGGACGACCAUGCAGAACUCCUGUCAACUCUCAGAGGUUGGCAAGAAAGGGAUCAGCCUUCAUUUGGUCACGAGGAGCAGUGGCACGAAGACCAAGGAAGGUCGCAGGAGCGAAAGGUGAAACGCAAGCAGCGCAAGACCGCCAAACCCUGCGUUGACCUCACGCCGCUGGCGAAGAUGGAGGUCGGUCCAUAUCCGCAGACAACUGUUGUGCUGGAGUCGAUGCCGCCGGAGGACCCACCCCCAGCGGUUGCACCGGAUGAGAAUGAGUCAGUGAUUUUGCAGCUCAACUUUCCUGGAGAUCCACCUCAACCAAGUGAGCUGGUAAGGGUUGGGGAUGUCAAGUCUACUUAG